CAACGUUACACUUCUCUUGCGUCUUUCUUUUCUAUCUAAUUGCCUGCAAUUAAUAACAAACAACAAAUUAACCAUGGUUCAAUCAUCCGUUUUAGGUUUCCCACGUAUCGGUGCCAACAGAGAGUUAAAGAAGACUACCGAGGCGUACUGGUCCGGUAAGGUCAACGUCGAGGAAUUGUUGAAGGUGGGUAAGGACUUGAGAGCCCACAACUGGAAGUUGCAGAAGGACGCUGGUGUCGAUGUUAUCGCCUCCAACGAUUUCUCCUACUACGACCAGGUCUUGGAUCUCUCCCUUUUGUUCAACGUCAUCCCAGACAGAUACACCAAGUUUGACUUGGCUCCAAUCGAUGUCUUGUUCGCUAUGGGCAGAGGUUUGCAGAGAAAGGCCACCGACUCCACUCCAGCUGUCGAUGUCACUGCCUUGGAAAUGGUCAAGUGGUUCGACUCCAACUACCACUACGUCAGACCAACCUUCUCGCACUCCACCCAGUUCAAGUUGAACGGCCAGAAGCCAGUUGACGAGUACUUGGAAGCUAAGGCUCUCGGCAUUGAGACCAGACCGGUCUUGGUCGGUCCAGUAUCGUACUUGUUCUUGGGUAAGUCUGACAAGGACUCCUUGGACUUGGACCCAAUUUCCUUGUUGUCCAAAAUUCUCCCGGUCUACGCUGAAAUCUUGGCCAAGUUGGCGGCCGCCGGCGCCAAGACCGUUCAGAUCGAUGAACCAAUCUUGGUUUUGGAUUUGCCACAGAAGGUUCAGGCCGCUUUCAAGCAGGCGUACGAGUUCUUUGCUCAACACGCCGGUCUCCCAGAAAUCAUCCUUGCCACUUACUUCGGUGACGUCAGACCAAACUUGGCUGCCGUUGAAGGCUUGCCAGUUGCUGGUUUCCACUACGAUUUCGUCAGAUGCCCAGAGCAGAUCGACGAAGUUAUCAAGGCCUUGACUCCAAAGCAGGUUUUGUCUGUUGGUGUUAUUGACGGUAGAAACAUUUGGAAGGCUGACAUCACCAAGGCUAUUGCCGUUGUCAAGAAGGCUAUUACUGCCAUCGGUGCCGAAAGAGUUAUCGUUGCCACCUCUUCCUCUUUGUUGCACACCCCAGUCGACCUCUCCAACGAAAAGAAGUUGGACGCUGAAAUCAAGGACUGGUUCUCCUUCGCUACCCAGAAGUUGGCCGAAGUUGUUGUCGUUGCCAAGGCCGUUUCCGGUGCCGAUGUCUCCGGUGCUUUGGAGGCCAACAAGAAGUCCAUCUCUGCAAGAGCUGCCUCUGCCAUCACUAACGAUGCCAAGGUCCAGGAAAGAGUUGCGUCUAUCAACGAAAAGAUGGCUACCAGAGCCUCUGCCUUCAAUGCCAGAUUGGCCGAACAGAAGAAGCACUUCAACCUCCCAGCCUUCCCAACCACCACUAUUGGGUCUUUCCCACAGACCAAGGACAUCCGUAUCAACAGAAACAAGUUCACCAAGGGUGAAAUCACUGCUGAGCAGUACGAGAAGUUCAUUGAAUCCGAAAUCGAAUCGGUUGUCAGAUUCCAGGAAGAGAUCGGCUUGGAUGUUCUUGUCCACGGUGAACCAGAGAGAAACGACAUGGUUCAGUACUUUGGUGAGCAGUUGAAGGGUUACGCCUUCACCUCCAACGGUUGGGUCCAGUCUUACGGUUCCCGUUACGUUAGACCACCUAUCAUUGUCGGUGACAUUUCCCGUCCAAAGGCCAUGUCCGUCAAGGAGUCCGUCUACGCCCAGUCCCUUACCUCCAAGCCAAUGAAGGGUAUGUUGACCGGUCCAGUCACUUGUUUGAGAUGGUCUUUCCCACGUAACGACGUCUCCCACAAGGUCCAGUCUUUGCAGUUGGGUUUGGCCUUGAGAGACGAGGUCAACGACUUGGAAAAGGCCGGUGUCUACGUCAUCCAGGUCGAUGAGCCAGCCAUCAGAGAAGGUUUGCCUUUGAGAGCCGGUGCCGAGCGUUCCGACUACUUGCAGUGGGCCGCCCAGUCUUUCCGUGUCGCCACCUCCGGUGUCGAAGACAGAACUCAGAUCCACUCCCACUUCUGUUACUCCGAUUUGGAUCCAAACCACAUCAAGGCUUUGGACGCUGAUGUUGUUUCUAUCGAAUUCUCCAAGAAGGACGAUCCAAACUACAUCCAGGAAUUCUCUGAGUACCCUAACCACAUCGGUUUGGGCUUGUUCGACAUCCACUCUCCACGUAUCCCAUCCACCGAUGAGUUCGUUGCCAGAAUCCAAGAAAUCUUGAAGGUUUACCCUGCUGAAAAGUUCUGGGUUAACCCAGAUUGUGGUUUGAAGACCAGAGGCUGGGAGGAAACCAGAGCUUCUUUGACCAACAUGGUUGAAGCUGCCAAGCUCUUCAGAGCCCAGCAAUAAGUGUACCGCGUAUACGUUUGUGCCGGUUCACAAUAGGUUACAUUUAUUCAACAUUAAUGUAAUGACUUAAUGAUCAUUCAUUUUUUUUUUUCCUUUUUCUCUUUUUAUUUGCUUUCUAUUUUUUUUUCAUUGUUUCUUACGAGUGCCUCGAUAGAAGCACUCCU